AUGGCUGGAGGAGUGGACCUCUCUGCCGGCCUCACUCCACACUCCUCCUCCUCCCUGCCGGCCUUGCUCCACCCUCCUCCUCACCUCUUGGGGAAGGUGGUCAGCGGCCAGCUGCCUGUGUACAGGGAGUGCUCCGAGCUCCCUGGCUCAGCACGGUGCCUGCGUGGGCUCUGCCUCAGUCAGCGUGGAAGAUGCCGGCAAUUUUUCCAGCUGGUCAAGUUAAGAAAGCUUGGACUCAGUGACAACGAAAUUCAGCGGCUCCCUCCGGAGAUCGCCAACUUCAUGCAGCUGGUGGAGCUGGAUGUGUCCCGAAAUGAUAUUCCUGAAAUUCCCGAAAGCAUCUCAUUCUGUAAAGCCCUGCAGGUUGCGGACUUCAGCGGAAACCCACUGACAAGGUUGCCAGAAAGCUUUCCUGAGUUACAGAACUUAACGUGUCUUUCUGUAAAUGACAUCUCCCUGCAGUCUCUGCCUGAAAAUAUCGGCAAUCUUUACAACCUGGCUUCACUGGAACUGAGAGAGAAUCUUCUUACCUAUCUUCCCGACUCCCUUACCCAGCUGCGGCGACUAGAAGAGCUUGAUCUAGGAAAUAAUGAGAUCUAUAACUUGCCAGAAUCAAUCGGAGCUCUCUUCCAUCUGAAGGACCUCUGGCUGGAUGGGAACCAGCUGUCAGAUUUACCUCAGGAAAUAGGAAACCUGAAGAACCUGCUGUGCUUAGAUGUCUCUGAGAACAGGUUGGAAAGACUUCCUGAAGAAAUCAGCGGCCUAACUUCUUUAACCGAUUUAGUAAUUUCUCAGAAUUUACUGGAGAUAAUUCCAGAUGGCAUUGGAAAACUAAAGAAGCUGUCAGUUCUGAAGGUGGAUCAGAACAGACUUGCCCAGUUGCCGGAAGCAGUUGGGGACUGUGAAAGUCUCACCGAGUUAGUUCUUACGGAAAAUCGUCUCCUGACCUUACCUAAAAGUAUUGGAAAACUUAAGAAGCUGAGCAACUUGAAUGCGGACAGAAAUAAAUUAGUGUCUUUACCAAAAGAGAUCGGCGGGUGUUGCAGCCUAACUGUGUUCUCCAUGCGUGACAACAGACUGACUCGAAUACCUGCAGAGGUGUCGCAGGCCACAGAACUGCAUGUUUUAGACGUGGCGGGAAACAGGUUGCUGCAUCUGCCUUUAUCGCUGACCUCCUUGAAGCUGAAGGCUCUGUGGCUGUCUGACAACCAGUCCCAGCCCCUGCUCACGUUCCAGACAGACACCGACCACAGCACAGGGGAGAAGAUACUGACCUGUGUCUUGCUUCCGCAGCUGCCUUCUGAGCCUGCUUGUCAGGAGAACCUGCCUCGCUGUGGAGCGCUGGAGAACCUGGUGAGCGGCGACUCAGACGAGGCCUGGAAUGAGCGCACGGUGCACAGGGUCAGCGCCAUCCGCUUUUUAGAGGAGGAGAAGGAUGAAGAGGACAAUGAGACGUCUGCAUGUGUGAUGUGCAGUCACGCGGAGGUGCUCACCAGUCUGGUCCCACCUGGCCUACAGAUGGGAAACCACGGCAUGGAAACCACUCAGCUGAGCUGCCAAGUGUCAGAGCUUUGCCGAAUCCAGAGAUUGGUUUCAGAGAAUGCACAGGCCGGUAGCGGGCUGAGCUCGGUUCUUGAUGGGGAGAGCGGCGGGUGGUGGGCGUCCUCGCUCGUGACCAGUCCUUGUUCUUCCUCGUUCUAUCCACGUGUUAACCGCGUAUCUGUCAUUGGGGCUGGUGUGGCUCCCAGCUCAGCCCUCCCGGCCUUUCCUCCGGCGGAGCUGCAGCGGAGCAGCCUGGGGGUGACGCGGGCUUUCCUGGGCCCCAGGGGACACCAUAAGGCGCUUCAGUGA